UUGGAAGAAAGUUUGGAAUUUUCUGUCACAGGAAGAAAAGGAGGGACACCAGAAGAAGUUUGAGUGGAAGGAAUACAAAUGUAUUUGCCGAGAAAAUGUACGAAGGAUAAGUUUACGAAACUGUGUGUGUGAAUAAGUCGCGGAGGCACGGCCUGAGUUUACAUGUGCCACUGAACUGGAUUUAGAGUUUGAGUAAUUUUAAAGCCCGCACUGCCUGCAAGCUACGUUGGACACCAAUGCAUGCACGGAUUGACUGGUUUUAGCCGACUGAACACGCGUUUCUCUACUUUGUAUGGAUUUUAACGGGCAUUUGGACCUAGUUAGAAAAAUACCAACCAUUGCAUAUGUGGUGUCGUCACCUCUUUGCCGCUGUCAGGUUCAAGAAGUGUAGCUGUCAGCUAGCUGGUCGCGUUUUUAGUUUGUACCCGAACGCCCUCAAAUGUUACUGUCGUUUCUCAUUUUGUAGCACAGUAACACAUUUUCAAUUGACAGUUCGCGGGCAAAAUUAAAGCGGAACUUGUGGUUUCAUUGCAGAGAUUUGCAUACCCUUUGGAUACCAGGAGAGUGAACGUGUUCUAUUAUAUUGCAUGUAACAUUAACAUUUAUCUGCCCGCGACUGGUGAAAGAGCUAGCUGGCUAGCAAGCUACAUAUUGUCUCGAGACUGCCUAAUCAUGCCAGUACGAAAGAAAGAUGCACAGCGAGCCCUGUCACUCUUGGAGGAAUAUCGCACUAAACUUAACCACACUGAGGACUGGCAACUGAGACUCUCCAUCCAGAGGGUCAUUGACAUCUUCCAGAGUAACCUUUUCCAGGCACUCAUAGAUAUCCAGGAAUUUUACGAAGUGACCUUAUUGGAUAAUCAGAAAUGUGUGGAGUCCCCGAAGACGUCGGAGCCCAUGCUGCCGGUCAACCUGUGGGAUUUCUCUAGCCUCCAAAGCACAACGGUGACCUCAGACACUCUGCCAAGCCUUAGCACCAGCAUAGAGAAAUACAGGCACCACGAUGAGGACACAUCCCCUCAGGAGCAGAGCUCCCCCCAGCUCACUGACGAGGUCCCUGGCCCCGAGCUGGUCCAGGUGGCCGAGAAGAACCUUUCCCAGAUUGAGAAUGUCCACGGCUACGUGGCCCACGCGCACAUCUCACCCAUGAAGGUAGCUUCUCUGGAAUGCAUCUUUGACGGGCCGUCCACAUUAGGGCAGCAGGAGCUCCCUCCCCCCUUGGCCCCUGCCCCAUACUCCCAAAGCCACGAGGCGUCCCUCCUUCCCACCUGCUCCUCCUCAACCUCCUACCACACAAGCCAGGCGCCAUUCCAGCAGACAGAUGCCGCCCCGCCUUCCUCUCCCAUAAUCCCUGUGAUCCCCAUCCCAGCUGAGACCGCUCCUGUCAUCCUUCCUCCGACGUCACAGGCGAACCCUCCCCCUGUCGUGGUUAAUACAGACAGUUUGGACACGCCUCCAUAUGUAAACGGAACAGAAGCGGAUUAUGAAUAUGAGGAGAUCACGCUCGAACGGGGUAACUCUGGGCUGGGUUUCAGUAUCGCGGGGGGAACGGACAACCCCCACAUCGGUGAAGACCCCAGCAUCUUCAUCACCAAGGUCAUCCCUGGGGGGGCGGCGGCCCAGGACGGACGACUCCGGGUCAACGACGUCAUCCUGCGGGUGAAUGAGGCAGACGUGCGGGACGUGACCCACAGUCGGGCAGUGGAAGCUCUGAAGGAGGCCGGGUCGCUGGUGCGCCUCUACGUCCGCCGGAGGAAGCCUGUCUCCGAGAAGGUGAUGGAGAUCAAGCUAGUGAAAGGACCCAAAGGUCUUGGUUUCAGUAUAGCAGGGGGAGUGGGGAACCAGCACAUCCCAGGGGACAACAGCAUCUACGUCACCAAAAUCAUCGAAGGAGGAGCUGCGCACAAAGACGGGAGGCUACAGAUAGGAGACAAACUUUUGGCUGUGAACAGUGCUUGCCUUGAGGAGGUGAGCCACGAACACGCUGUGACUGCCUUGAAAAACACCCCCGACGUGGUCUACUUGAAAGUAGCAAAACCCAACAGUGUCUUCAUGAAUGACAGUUUCGCCCCGCCUGACAUCACCAACUGUGAGUUUCCACUUUCCUACUCUCAACACAUGGAGAACCAUAUCAGCCCUCCCAGCUACCUGGGCCAGCCCCUUCCCCCUGAGGCCCCGCCAGGACACUACUCGCCAACCCCCAAGAGCAUGCUGGGAGAAGAAGUCACCAGAGAGCCCAGGAAGGUGGUGCUCCACAGAGGGGCGACGGGCCUGGGCUUCAACAUAGUGGGUGGAGAGGACGGAGAGGGCAUCUUCAUCUCCUUCAUCCUGGCAGGGGGACCUGCAGAUCUGUGUGGCGAGCUGAGGAAAGGAGACCGCCUCGUCUCUGUGAACGGGGUGGACCUCCGCAGCGCCACUCACGAGCAGGCGGCUGCGGCACUGAAAAAUGCUGGGCAGACUGUAACCAUCGUGGCCCACUACAGACCAGAGGAGUACAGUCGAUUUGAAGCCAAGAUCCAUGACCUGCGAGAACAGAUGAUGAACAGCAGCAUCAGCUCGGGGUCGGGCUCGCUGCGGACCAGCCAGAAGAGGUCACUCUACGUUAGAGUCCUAUUUGACUAUGACAAGACAAAGGACUCAGGGCUCCCCUCUCAGGGGCUCAACUUUAAAUUCGGGGACAUCCUGCAUGUGGUGAACGCCUCAGACGACGAGUGGUGGCAGGCUCGGCAGGUGACCCCAGAGGGCGAGGCAGAGGAAGUGGGUGUCAUCCCCAGCAAGAGAAGGGUGGAGAAGAAAGAGAGGGCACGGCUAAAGACGGUCAAGUUUAACUCCAAGUCGCGAGACAGAGGGCAGUCACUCAAUGACAAGCGUAAAAAGAACCUAUUUUCCCGAAAGUUCCCUUUCUACAACAAGGAUGCAAGCGAGCAGGAAACAAACGAUGUUGACCAACACAUCACUUCCAAUGCCAGUGAUAGUGAAAGUAGUUACCGUGGUCAAGAGGAGUACGUGCUGUCGUACGAGCCAGUCAGUCAACAGGAAGUGAACUACACCCGUCCAGUGAUUAUUCUCGGUCCCAUGAAGGAUCGGGUAAAUGACGACCUGAUAUCGGAGUUCCCCGACAAAUUUGGGUCCUGUGUACCCCACACAACCAGACCUAAGCGGGACUAUGAGUUUGACACCAGGGACUACCACUUUGUGGUGUCCAGGGAGCAGAUGGAGAAGGACAUCCAGGACCACAAGUUUAUCGAGGCGGGCCAGUACAACAACCACCUGUACGGGACCAGUGUACAGUCGGUACGUGAGGUGUCAGAGAAGGGCAAACACUGCAUCCUGGAUGUGUCGGGCAACGCCAUCAAGAGGCUGCAGCUGGCCCAGCUCCAUCCCAUCUCUGUUUUCAUCAAACCCAAGUCUAUGGAGAACAUCAUGGAGAUGAAUAAGAGGCUGACGGAGGAGCAGAGCAGGAAGACCUUUGACAGAGCCACCAAGCUGGAGCAGGAGUUCGCUGAGCAUUUUACAGCCAUUGUUCAAGGAGACACCUUGGAGGAGAUCUACGAGCAAGUCAAGCAGACCAUAGAGGAACAGUCUGGCCUGUUCAUAUGGGUGCUAUCCAAGGAGAAAUUAUGAAGAGGUCACAACACUUUCUACUCCCCUGUCGUCCUCCUCUCCUUUUUAUUUAUGAUUUAUGCCCUGUUCUGCUGGGACCGAGAAGUGACAGUGACGGCCAGUGAUGUUGACAACGAAUAGCCAGACCAGCAGAGCAAAGCACAGAGGGGCAGAUGAUGUUGUUCUCAAACGGUACAGUUCCUUAAUGUUUAAAGGAGGUGACUUUCUAAGAAAAAAGGAAAGUGAAAUAACUUUUUAGUGGCUCACGGCUUAAUAGUACCUCCUAUUUAAGUCUAGUUUUUUUUCGUCCGAAGACAACGGAAGUUAAGGCAUUAGGUUAUAAGUAGGGGAAACAUAAAGCAAAACGUUGCACGUGAUAGCUUUAACAGCAUGUCUUUUUAGUACCUUUUUUCCACUUUCUUUUACCCCCCAAACCGUCAUCCUUCAACAUAUUUAUCAUAGUAGUCUUUUUUUUAACACAGUUGUAUUCACUUACCCCCCCCGCUCCUUACCAGUGUAUCCAUGUUAGAAAGCCAUUGAAUUUUGUGUCUUUGAGCGGCACACAGAUGUUUCUUGUGCGGCACUUGAUUGAACAGGGUUCUUCAACUCAAGUCCUGGAGGGUGUAGUGUGUCCAUUCAAAGGGUUUUAACGCUGACCUCCGCUCUUAACUAGAACUGUGUGACGCAAACAGCAUUACUGUUUGUAUGGUUGUAAUUCUCGUUUGCAUCCUACAUGUGUGUUUGAUUCUUGGAAUAAUAUUGACAUUUUCAUGAGCAAAAUGUGAUAUUGCUCCUACUAAAACCCUCUAGAACUUGAGUUUGAGAUCAGAUCAGUGUAAGAAUUAUGGAGAGUUUUUAAGCUGUGUCUUGCUGUUUAAAUGACCAUCUUUGAUCCUUUGAAUUGUUUUUGAGAGUGCGUUUACAGAUGCAAAAGUAAGGGACUGCCAUUUUUAGGUGUCGUUAGGUUUGUCCGCAAAAAUGUAACAACUUUAUUGUACAAUGAGAUUUUAACAUAUAUUUAACCCUCCGUAAACUGCCUAUUUUGUUAUAAUAAACUAUAUUGAACUUUACUUAAAACACUAAUACUAUUUGAAUUAUUUUGAUUGCAUUUUUAAUCAUAUAUAAAUAAAAAAGUAUAAAAGAUAUUUAAAUAUAAAUAUAUAUAUUUUUGUUUUCUUUUACCACCACCUCCUGUAAAAAUGUUUUUUUUAAAGAAAUUAAUUAGUCUACAUCAGAAAAACGAUUAUUCUAAUACAGUGCUCCCUUAUUAUGGUUCUAAAGAACCUAUGGGUAUGCUCUUUUCCCCCACAACUAAUACCUCAAUUAUUGAUUAAACUGUGAAAUUAUGAACAGGGUGUCACUAUUGUGAAACAUUAUCCCUGUUUCAAGUUUGAGGUGUAAGGUGAAGUUGCCCCUAGACGCUGACCUUGGGUCAGUUUAGCAUUUUCUCCCCAAUGGUUAAGGUUAGGAUUGAUGGAGGGGAAGCCGAUCCUCGUUCUGCACUUGGGGGAAACUUCACUCCGGAGCAGUUAGUCUGUACUGUACAAGGACUAUAGAGACCUCUUCCCCUGCCCAGGUAAAACGCAUGUUUUAGAUUAGAGAGCAGUCUCAGAAAGGGCCACUAUGGCAGCUAGUAUCCUCCUGUGUCCUAUUAUAGUAACCGACUAGUUGUCUUUAUAUCAUAUGAAAGCCUACAAGAUUUUGAAAAAAAUGAUGUAACCCAUAAAACUACAGAUGACUAGAAGUAAUAUAGCAAACAUAUUAAAUAACAUAUUUGUUUAUUACACCUGCCAAAUGUUUAAAGGCCCUGACUUUAAAACAACACAGCUUCACGUGAGGAAUGUACUGGCUAUUCUUGAGUGUUUUUUUUCCAGAAUGCAAUGAUGCCGGUUCUAUAGUAGAUAUGGGAACUGAAAGCCCAGACUUGACCCAUUGGACUUUUUUUUUAGACUUCGUUCAACGGAGGGCUCUACACAAGGCUUGUGUCCCUCAGCAAGGCCUCCCCCCAUCCUCGCCUUCAAGAUAACAGCUUUUUCUACACUACAAAACUGCUUCUUCCAUCACCUCACCACCUCCACUUUUGGGGGGGACUGUCUGGAAACAUGUAAAUAACCUACCGAUUCUCAUUCAUUCCAUUAAUCAGAGAGGAGAACGGCUCAUAAUUGAAUAAAAAUAUAUAACAUUUCUCAUACAAC